CGAAAAACGUGCUCACAUUCUGUUUACAUUCGGUAAAAAAAAAAACAAAAUCAAUUAAAUAAACUAAUAAUGAAGGCUAAGAAAGGCAAGAAAGGUCCUAAAUCUGAUGCAAUUUACGAUAAAAAGUCAAAAGUGAUAGUAAGGAAAGAGAAUCCAUUUGAAUUGCACGUAAAUAGAGAAAAGUUUAAUGUGUUGAAUAGAAAAACUCAUCAUAGUUUUGGAAAACCAUUACUUGCACGACAAAAUGCAUUUGAAAAAAGAAAACAGACACUUGGUGCUGAAUAUAAGGUCCAGAACAAGUCUAAUUUGUUUGAGGAUAGACGAAAGUCGGGAUUUAAGAAACUUCCAAGAGAGUCAAUUUACAACUUAAAUGAUUCGGAACAACUUACACAUCGUGGACAGACAUUGGAGCAAAUUGAACAAUUUGAUGAUGCUAGACCUGAUGACGAUGAUGAAAUGAGCGACGAGGAACUAAGAUUAGAUGCAAAUUUCACAAAAGUGGCUCAUUUCGGAGGUGGAAAUGAUGAAGAAUCAAUGAUUGACAGAAAAACAGCAAUCGAUGAGCUCAUUGCUGACUCAAAAAAGCGUAAAGCUGAACGAGUAAAGGAACACGAAGAAAUGUUGGAUCUUACAAACAAAUUAGACAGUGAUUAUAAGCAUCUCCUAUCAGUUGUCAAAACUUUAGAGCGUACAGAAACUCCGGAAAAGCCAGAAGCUGAUGAAUAUGAUCGAUUAGUUAAGGAAAUGAUAUUCUUGCCGAGAGGCGAGCCUACAAAUAAAUUAAAGAGUGAAGAUGAAAUUGCAAGAAUUGAAAAGGAGAAAUUGGAUAUGUUAGAGAUGGACAGACAAAGGAGAAUGCAAGGAGAUGAAGAUAAUCCAGAAAUUAGGUCUACUUAUAGAUCUGCAGAUGAUUUAGACGAUGGAUACUUCCUAGAACCUGUAAUUGAUGAUGAAGAUGACAAAGUAUUAAGCUAUCCAUUAAAUCCAGAAGAUGUAGAUCCACAAAAUGAACCAGACAAUGAGCAAGAAGAUGAUAUUCCCGAAAAUGGGGAAAUUGGAAGUAAAAACGAGGAAAUCGAAAGUGAAAAUGAGUCAGAAAAUGCCGACGAAGAACAAUCAGAAUCAGAAUCAGAUGCAGACAGUCUGGAGGACUUAAAAGCUGACAAUUCUGAAAGCGACGAGAAUACAUCUGAUGAAAACGACGAAAUUCCAGCAAGUACAGCACCAACUAAGCUCGAUAAGAAGAAUAUAGAACCUAUGGAUCAUAUUCCAUUCACAAUAUCACUUCCUGAGACUUAUGAAAAGUUUAUAGAGUUAUUAGGUGCUCAAUCUAUUAAAAUCCAAUCCACAAUAAUUGAAAGAAUCAUUAAAACUGACCAUCCAAAGCUUCAUUUCUCGAAUAGGAACAAAAUGAUCAAAUUAUUCGCAUAUUUACUGCAAUAUGUCAAUGACUUGUUCCUGAGCAAUGACGAAAGUAAUAUAACUAAGCAUUUCAAGCUUGUCCACAAUCUUAGUCCAUUAAUGUUCGAUUUAAUACAAAUGAAUCCCGAGGACUGUUCAAGUAGCUUCCUUGAAGUUUUUAAAGAGAAAUACGAGGAUUAUAAGAAGAAUCAAAAGGCGUAUCCAAAAUUAGAUACAAUAAUCUUCUUUAAAUUCCUUAGUUCUCUAUUUCCAACAUCAGAUUUUCGACAUCCAGUGGUCACGCCUUCCUACAUCUUCCUGCAUCACAUAUUAUCGCAGUGUAAAGUUAAGACUCGAUCUGAUGUCAUGUCUGGAUUAUAUUUAGUGACUUUAACUUAUGAUUAUCAGAGAAUAUCAAAGAGAUUCUUACCAGCAGUGCUGAAUUUUCUUAAAGGAAUUUGCUAUUUAGGAAUUAAGAAGUCAUUGAUUGAUAAUUCACGUCCAAUUCCUCCAUUUAAGAAGAAAGAUGAGCUUUUAGUGGUCAGCAGUGAAAUUGAUGUUAUUUCCAAUGAAAAGCUCAAACCAACAGACUUUCUGGUUACUGAUAUUGAUGAUGAAUUCAAGGUUCGAGCGAUUAGCACAGCAGUUGGUCUUAUUAAAGACUAUAUGCUGCUUUAUGAGGAACUUGUUGGUGUUCAAUAUUUAAUCGAUUCCUUUGAAAGCUUAUUGAGCAAGCUUUCAGAUGAAGAAAAGCUUCCUGAAACUUUAAAAGCUACAAUUAAUGAAGUCCUGAAAGAAUUUGACAGAAUCAAGUCUGAAAGGAAGUUCAAAUAUCCAGAAGCAGAGAAGAAGAGCUUACCAAUGUUAAGAAUGUUGGAACCAAGAUUCGAAGCUGUUCAUUCAGAUCGUCGUCAAAUGUAUUGUCAGUCUCAAGGAAAUGCAGCUGAGAAGAAAAAGCUCCAGCACAUGCUGAAACGUGAAAAGAAGUCAGCUAAACGUGAAUUGAUCAAGGAUAAUGAAUUUUUGUCAAAGAUUAAGCACAGGCGAAUGCAACAAAUGGAUGUUGAACGUAAAGAGAAGGUUCGCAGAAUUUUACAUGAAGGCAAUGUGCAACAAAGUGAAUUUAAGGCACUGUCAAGAACUAAAGGACGAAAAGGAAUAUUUUAAAGUCUUUAUUUUUGGGAUUCUUUAGUAAACAAAAUAAAUUUCUUGAAUUGAUUAAAAUAUUUGUGCAUUAAUUUCCGUCUGCUGUGACUUAUUGCAUAUAUAGACUUUGACAGGCUUGGAUUGAGACUUGAUGUGUCGAGGAUGUCAUUUAAUGUUGUUUGAUUCUGUUCCUUUAUGAGAAAAUUGCAGAUUCUUUGAAUUUCUCUGGUUUUUAUUGUGAAUUUUUGCCAGAUUUUCAGAUAAUUUGCUAGAAUUUUCCUUUUGUAGUAUAAGUUGAUGAUGGUGAGUUUCAACCUCUUGGCUCUUCUCUUUAAAGCGUACUUCCUUAAUUGUAAUAAAUAUUUAAUCUUUAGCUCGUUAUUCUUGUACUCCAUUUUGACUGUGACUGAAUCUUUUAUUUUGAAUUUUUCGAAAAGCUGAAAUUUGAAUUUU